GGUUGCUGUUCUACUUGGCCUACGCCUACACAGUUUAUAGUUUUGAUUUUUAAUACUUUUAAAAUACUUAAUCUUGUUUAACUUCAGAUUAAUAAAUAUGGAUCAGGACUGCGAUCUACUAUUUGAAGCUAUCAAAACUGGCAACAACAGGCAAGUCGAAACGCUAUUAGAAUCUAAACGAUGCCACCCAGAUAGUUGUGCAAAAGACUCUUUUAAUACCCCUGCUAUUGUCAUGGCAGCUCAACUAAAUCACACGGAAUGCCUACAAUGUCUUUGUCUCAAUGAAAUUCGAGCUAACGUCGAUGCCACAGAUUCAAUGAAUUGGACAGCAAGCAUGCAUGCUGCAGACAAAAGUUUUAUCGAAAUUCUUAGAAUUUUGAAACAUUUUAAUGCAAAUUUUAAUUUGAUCAAUUUGGAUGGGUCAAAUGCACUUAUGGUGGCAGCUAAAAGUGGUCAUGAUGAGUGUGUUCGCUUUUUAAUUAACAGGACAUUAAAUAUCAAUCAAGAAAACAGAGAGGGAUACACUGCACUGAGUUACGCAGUUCAAGCAUGUAAUGUUGACACAGUCCAGAUGUUGUUGGAUGCAAAUGCCGAAGUGAAUGUUGUUGAUCAUGAGAAGGGUUACUCUCCUCUUAUGCAUGCCCUAAACUCUAUAAAGCUACACACAGCCAUUGUACUUUUAAAUAGAAAAGCUGAUGUUAAUGUAGUAGGCCUUGAUGGCAAAACAGCUCUAUCUUAUGCCUUUCAUUUUGCUUUAAAUCACUGCUUUGGAGACACCUUAUUUGCUCAGCUGGUGUUGCUUCAUGGUGCUGAUAUGAGGCUGUCAAGAUCUGACCAAUCAUACUUACAUAAAAUGAUUGCGACAGGUUCAUUGAGGGUCGUUAGACAAAUGGUCUUAAAUGGAUGUCAGCCUUUUGACAAUAGUUGCAAAUAUUGCUUUGGAAUUGAACAUCACGAAAAGCCUGUUUCGCCUUUGUAUGCUGCCCUGUUUUCAGGACAUGACAACAUCGCUCGAUACUUCAUAAUAAAUAAUUUUUAUACACAUUCUGACAUAUGCAGUUUAACAAGCAACCAAGAACUGCAAAAGAGGUUAGAAGAAUGCAGCCAGUAUAACAGUGGAUCAAUAGCUGUUCUUAAUCAUCUGAGAGUUUGGAGUCCUCAUCUGUCACUUUACAAUGUUUGUUUAGUAGCUGUGCGUGAAGUGCUCAAAUUUCACAUUCAGACUACAAAUACAAUGAUAAAAACUUUGCCUCAAAAAAUCCAGGAUGAUUUACUCUUCAAAGGCAAAUGUUCCCAUUUAUGUACACGGGUGUGGUGCUUUAUUUCAUAAGAGCAGGAAUAUUUGUUAGAACCUUGCUUAUGUGAUGAUUGUGAAGAGGAAAGAACAAUAUGUACAAAUAGAAAAUCAAUUAAAGGAAACAUAAAUUAUUGUGGCAUAAGACUUAAACUUAAGUAAAAGACUGGGUUCAGUUUUCAUGCAAAUAGUCUGAAAUGGAAUUAAUUAUUUGUACUGUCAACAUGUAGUUUGUAGAUUAUGCAUCAGGUUAAUUAAAUAUUUUCAGACCUUCACUUUUUUAAAUUGUUUUGACUUAGGGUUAUCUCUAAAGUCUAUUUAUGAUACAGAAUGGGGUAAAUAAAUAGAGGCACAUUCUAAGAGAUGGAAAAUAUUCAUUGCCUUACAUCUUUAACCUAUCUCCUUGCAAAGGCUACAGGAACAAACCCAUCAGAAUAAUCUAGAGCCAAGGGCCUGUUUGACUUUGAACUUCAUUUAUUCUGAUAAAUGUAUAGAUUAAUAAGACACAAACAAAUUGUGUCAAUAGAACAAUAUGAGUUACGCUUUAAUAAUAAUUAUACAUUAUACACAAACGUUUCG